AUGGGCAGGACCCGAAGGUUCCUUGUCCCUGCAAUGGAAUGUCUCCCUUGCAGCCUGCCCCACCCAGAGGGCCUGAAAGGCGAAGAGAGAAAGACGUGCAGCCGAGAAGGGACUGUCCAGAGUAAAUACAACCAGCAGUACCACAAGCUGUUUAAGGACAUCCCUUUGGAGGAAGCGGUUCUCAAAGUGUGCUCCUGCGCCCUCCAAAGGGACCUCCUUCUCCAGGGCCGGCUCUAUAUCUCUCCCAAUUGGCUCUGCUUCCACGCCAGCCUCUUUGGCAAGGAUAUCAAGGUGAUCAUUCCUGUGGUGUCUGUACAAAUGAUCAAAAAGCACAAGAUGGCACGACUUCUUCCCAAUGGACUGGCCAUCACUACCAACACCAGCCAGAAGUACGUCUUUGUGUCACUCCUCUCCCGGGACAGUGUAUAUGACAUGCUGAGGAGGGUCUGUACCCACCUACAGCCUUCCAGCAAGAAGAGUCUGAGUGUGAGGGAGUUUCCGGAGGAACCUGAGUGUGAGGCUCUGGAAGUCCUCAUUCCUGAGAUGAAGUGGAGAAAAGUGUGCCAUACCUCCAGGUCCCUGUCCCUCCCAGACAGCAUCCCGUGUAUCCGGCAGGCCUCCAUGGACUCCACGGACAGCUUCUUCCCCGCCAGGAAGCCUCCAGGGUCUGAGGCUGCAGUCUGUGAGGAGGACACGCUGCAGGCGGCGCUCCAGCGUGACGGGGAGCUGAGGCUCUGGGAUUACCGGCUCCUUAAGGUCUUCUUCGUGCUGAUUUGCUUCCUGGUCAUGUCCUCAUCCUACCUGGCAUUCCGCAUCUCCCAGCUGGAACAGCGGUUAUGUUCCCUGAACUGGGAUGGACCAAUCCCUGGACACAGGUAAUCGCUGCUUCGCCUUUGUUCCCACUUGUAUCAAGAAGAACUCUCCGGGUGCUAAGGCGCUGUCAACGACCCCUGGUUGACGAUGCUGCCGUGCUGAGAUUCAGUAAAGGACAUAUUCCGAUCCUGCAUCUUCCCAACUCUUCACCCCUCUAAGGAGUGAUCUGAAGGGCUGGCUUCUAGAAAGUCUAGACUCACACCUGGAUUUGGGGACCAGCUGUGGGAUUCUGAAUGCUAAGCUUCCGCAACCACCUACAUGGGGGUGGGCGCAGAUCAGCUUGCACACUGGUGAGCUGCCUGUGUGCCAGACUGUCACCGGGGGUAGGCACUCUAGGGACAAAGGCCAUGCUCUCCGAUACCAGGAAUGCAGCUUCUUGUCAUUUUGGUUCACUUCAGUUGAGGGCUGAGGCCAGAACACACAGCAGCGGAAGGGGCUGUGCCCCCUCCCAAUGUGCUGUGUCUAAGAGUCCCUGUUCUGAGGCCCAAAGGGUUUCUAUGCAGGGCUGACUGGGAAGGAGGUGGGUGGCAUUUAUAAAUAGAAGACGAGGGCUUGUAGCCAGAAUUACAGUGCACACUCUGGGCUGGCCCCUCAUGAGGACCUGGCUGAAUCUGAGAUACCAGAUCUAACAGGGUUGGUAGCAAGGACCAGGAAGAACAGAAGAUUCUAGGCUGCUGUGUCCUCAGCGGGUACUUCUGGGAAGCAGGCAGAACAGGGCCUCUGAUCACUGUGGCCACAGACCUGGAACAGGGUCUCCUUGUGGUGCACAAAUCAGGAAGUAAGAAAUGGGAAGGGCAGGCUGGAUGGGGGCCCCUGACUUCAGGGUUUGUUUUAUAUUCGGACUGCCUGGAGCUCAGACAAGGCCAGCAUCGGUCUGUUGGGGAUGCUUGGCUGGGCAGCUGCAGGAGUGGGGGUCACUACAGGGUGGAGCUCUGUGUCACCUCUCGUCAGUGUGUUGUUGUAGGCCACGGAGGAGGGCUUCCACUUCUUGGGUUUCGUUCUCCGUGAAUAAGUUGAAGGUGUCCAAGGUGGACCUAGUGCAUCGUCAGGACCAGGUCAGGGGGCUGUGGGGACAAAAGAAGUGGGGAUAAGAUAGAGUGGCUUUGACCUGGGAAAGGC